UUACAGUCAAAUAUCCAAACACUGUGGAGUUACACUGCAUUUAUUAUUUUCUCAAGUAUUUAACACACUGGGAACUGACUCUGCUGUAUAUAUCAUGUCCAAGAAGGAAUGAUAAUAGUGAACUUAAAUAAGAAGAACCUUGGCAAUGGCCUAUGAAGAGGAACAGCCUUCUGCAGGAGUCAGGUUUGUCUGCCUCGCUGUUCACCAGAGAAGCGGAGAAAGUUAUUGAAGGUAUCAUGCCACAUAAGUGGGAGAACGAUAGGAAAAAGAGCAGCACCACCAGCUCUCUGAAGAUGGAUCGAAAGAGCAAUGCUGGGAACAGGAAGUCAAGAAAGUUUCGCUCCAUUUCUAGAUCACUUAUAUUGUGCAAUGCCAAAAACAGUGAUGAUGGGUCAAGUCCUGAUGAGAAAUGCCCUGAUCCCUUUGACAUCUCUACUAGCUGGGGUCAAGAGGAUUUUGACUGCUGCCCUAGAACACAACUGCAAUGCACAACAGAGACAGAAGACAGCCCACCUGAUCCUCCACAUGUGAUCACCAGCGUAGUCCAGUCCAAGGCUGCAGCAAAUGAGAACUGCAACAACAUGAGAAGAAAGUUACUCAUCAAGGACAGCUGCAUCUGCAGAUUGUGUACAACCACAGGGAACAGCAGCUCAGCAAUCAAGCUCUCUAGGAAUCCAAACUGUGCACCUCUCUGGAAAGGGUUCACAGGCUGCAAGGUACCUGCUGGAAGCACAGCAAACAGGGAUGGUUGUCUGAGCCCAAGGGACGAACUAUUAACACUAAAUGGACAAUCACUUAAAGAUCUGUCUGGCAAAGAGGCUGAAACUCUCAUUCAGUCAUCAACACGGCUGGUGAACAUAGUGAUGGCUAGCAAAGAAACGUCAACCUGUAAGGAAAGACCUUUGGAAAUACAAAACGGUUGUUUUCUUCACAGUAAAGCCACAUGUCAACGGACUCGCAGUAACUCAACCAGCAUAAACCCAUACUGGACAGGGGAGACAGACUGCACAGCACCCCGGAAAGCCGUGCCCUUCAGAGAUCGGCAGCCCCACGCUCUCCAUACCAGUCGGAAAUCACUUUCCCAACAGCUGGACUGCUCUGGAGGGAGAACCCCAGCAAUUUCAAGGCCGUCUAGAUCACUAAGUACAGCACAGCUAGUGCACACAUCUUGUGGCUCACAGGCUUCAGUAAUCUCAAACAUCGUACUGAUGAAAGGACAAGGGAAGGGUCUGGGCUUCAGCAUUGUUGGAGGGAAAGACAGCAUUUAUGGGCCAAUAGGCAUCUAUGUCAAAACCAUCUUUCCUGGUGGAGCUGCUGCUGCUGAUGGAAGGCUACAAGAAGGUGAUGAAAUCCUAGAACUGAAUGGAGAAUCAAUGCAUGGAUUAACACAUUAUGAUGCUCUACAAAAAUUCAAGGCCAAAAAGGGUCUUCUGACGCUUACAGUCCGGACAAGCUUCAGCACACCACAUUCUGCUUCCAGCUACUUGUCACCCCACUUAUGUCAGUCACUGAGCUCUAGUAUAUGCAUAACCAAAGAAAACAGCUCUUUCAGUUCAGAAAGCACAACAUUCUCAUUAAAUGCUACAAAGCCCAAUGACAGGGUAAUAAUGGAAGUUAGCCUCAACAAAGAGCCAGGUGUUGGCCUUGGAAUUGGGUUAUGUAGCAUCCCCUACUUCCAGUGUAUUUCAGGGAUUUUUAUUCACACCCUUUCACCAGGUUCUGUGGCGCAUAUGGAUGGGAGACUCAGGUGUGGAGAUGAAAUUAUUGAAAUUAAUGAAGCAUCAGUACAAAAUAUGACCCUUAAUGAAGUUUAUGCCGUGCUGAGUCACUGUGAUCCUGGUGCAGUGCAAAUUAUUAUCAGCAGACACCCUGAACCACAGGUAUCUGAGCAACAGCUAAAAGAAGCUGUUGCACAAGCUGUGGAAAGCAACAGAUUUGGAAAGGAUAGACACCAAUGGAGUACUGAAGGUGUUAAAAAACUAGACACAAGCUGGCAUGGAAGACACCCAUGUGAAAAACAUAUUGAAAAGAACGCUGCUUAUUGCAACCGCAGGGCACAGAAGCUAAUGACCCGCUCCAGCAGUGACAGCAGCUACAACCCUCGGUCCUUGUGUAAUAAUGGAGCUGCACACCAACUGUGUGACUUGAAAGAAAGGGUACAUAGCAUUGAUGUACCAAUUACAAGACAGCCUGGCCUGCUGUACUCAUUGUCUGGAAAUAAUUUGGAGAGAAAUUCCCCUCCUACUUGUAGUGAAGGAGGUCGACCCUUGCAAAACGCUAAGAAACCAACAGAGAUUCUCGUUAGAAAACCUAAAUCAUCAAAGCCCAAACCUCCACCAAGGAAAUACUUUAAGCAAGACUGCACAGGAAAUGACCAGUAUAAUGCAGACAGAAAUGAAAAGCUUGUAUCCGAAGUGGCUGUAUCACCUUCUGCAAACCUUCAGGAAGUUAGAGAACCAAUGCUAGAGGGACAUCAAACAGACGUAACUCACAGUGUCUUCACCACUUCUCCUACAGCAUAUCAUGCUGAACACACAGCUGCUGUUCCGGCGGGCAGAGAUCAAGAAAGAAAAGCAAAUUUAGGAAGUCUACUUUCAUCAAUACAAAGGCCUGUACUUAAGAGGCAAGCACGUGUAGAUUAUACUCUUGAUACAACAACAGAAGACCCUUGGGUUAAGAUUUCUGACUGCAUAAAAAGCUUAUUUAAUCCUACAAUGAGUGAAGACAACAGCCACUUAGAUUUGCAACCUGGCAUCAACACAAAUGAAGAAAAUCAAAACCGAAGCAGCUCAGAGGCGGUUCUGCAGAAAUCAGAAUCAGAAAUAGUCAGUUCAAAAGUGCUAAAAUCAGAUGAAAAUGACAUUGUGAAAAAGGGUCCUCCUGUUGCACCUAAGCCAGCCUGGUUUCGCCAAAGUCUGAAAGGACUGAGGAAAGCAAAUUCAGACCUGAAAACACAGGCAGAUCAAAGUCCUCCUGGCCUUCAGAGUAUUUCCACCAAAGAACUGCAAUCCAGUUUAUCCUGUCUCUCUUCCAGGGGAUCAUCAAUAAAACAAAGAAUAAGCUCAUUUGAAUCUUUGAGUGCUCCGCAGUCACCUGAAAAAGUACACCGAAGGCUUAGCCUGAAAACAUCUGUCCAGAAAGAGCACUCUCCCAGCCCAAAAGGGUCAGAGGGGUCUCCAACCCAUUUAAACCAAGCCUUUCUCCAAUGCUCAGAAAAUAGCCAACAACAGUCAAAGUCAUCUGUGGUGAUGGGUACAAAAAGCCUAGACAGAACUUCCUCUCCCAAGGAGGUCCUUGCAGCUAGCUCAGAGGAAAACAACAAUGCCAACUCUGAAAAUUCCUCAGGCCUUUCAACUACAGAAGCCAUUGCAACUUCCCGUGCAUUAUCAGUAACAAAAGCACAUAACCUAAGAUCACGAAGCUUUCCACUUACCGCUACCCAGUCCUGUGAGAUGAUGAAGACAUACGAUGAAAAAUAUAGCAAAAUCUAUUCCAUCAGUAGCCAGGUGUCAUCUGCUUUAAUGAAAUCUUUGCUUUGCCUUCCUCAGUCCCCAGUCCCUUCGGGAAACAGUGCAUGGGAAGCUCUGGAAACCUUGUCUCAGUCCUCUGUGGAAGAGGAUGGGACUUCUCUCUUACCUGCAAGUGAGAAUCAUCACACGGAUACUGGAUUUUCUCUAAACCUUUCUGAGUUGAGAGAAUACACUGUGAGCUUAGCAGACAGCGAGAAAGAGGAAGAGAAACAGGAACACGGCUCACCUCAAGCAUCCGGUGUGUCAGGGCAGUCCGUCAUCUCUCUGCUUUCCCCUGAGGAGUUAGCAAAGCUUAUAGAGGAAGUAAAAUCAUUAGAUGAAGCAACCUUAAAGGAAUUUGAUGAUAUUCAUGUUACAAUUUUGCAUAAAGAGGAAGACACUGGGCUUGGAUUUAGCCUGGCAGGGGGCGUUGAUCUAGAAAACAAAGUGAUAACAGUUCAUAAAGUGUUUCCCAAUGGACUAGCGUCUCAGGAAGGAACCAUUCAGAAAGGAGAUGAAGUACUGUCCAUUAAUGGAAAGUCCCUUAAAGGUGCAACUCACAAUGAUGCCUCAGCAAUCAUGCGACAGGCUCGACAACCCAGACAAGCUGUUGUCGUCACUAGAAAAGCUAAAGAUGGAGAAAAAAACAGCAUUUCAAUUGAUUCUAGUACAUCUUCAGUAGCAAGUGAUGCCUCACAAGACUCUGCAACUGAAGAUACAAUCUGCACUGUAACUCUAGAAAAAACACCUGCUGGUUUGGGAUUCAGUCUGGAAGGAGGGAAGGGCUCUAUUCAUGGAGAUAAACCCAUUGUCAUCAACAGAAUAUUUAAAGGGACUGCGUUAGAACAAAGCAGCACCGUUCAGCCUGGUGAUGAGCUAUUACAAGUGCACACAACUGCCAUGCAAGGACUCACUCGUUUUGAAGCAUGGAAUAUAAUCAAGGCAUUACCUGACGGGCCUAUCACAGCUAUCAUCAAGAGAAGGAAUCCAAGCUCUGUUACCACCAAGGCAUCUGAAACUUUAAACACUAAAUAACUUGGACACAAAUCUAUACUUCAAACGCUGCUAUCAGUAUUCUGGGACUGAUCUCCAAACACUGUAUGGAAUCCUACAAACAGCACGUGCACCUACAGGAAGGCGGUCUUGUGCACCCUUUGGUUCUCUCUAACCUGUUUCUCUCAAGGGAGACAAACAACGCCAGGAUAGAAGUAUCCAUUCACUAGUUGAAAGCCAUAUGGCUACACUGGUUGUCAUCCUUGGCUGCUCACCUUCCCCAUAUUCUGGGAAUCUGCUGCAUCCUUCUAAGGUUACACGGGGGAGUCCUCCAAGAUCUUACAGGAUGAUCUUCACUGGGACAUCUGCAUCUCCAGUUUGGCAUAGCAGAAGACUGAAUGUUAAGUGCUCUUAAUUCCUUCUGAAUAGAAAACACUGAGCACUCAGAGAAAGGAUCCUCAAGUUAUUCCAAUGAAGAGAUUCACCUAUCACCUUCAUUGUUCAGAGUAAUAUAAAAAUAUAACAAAUAUACAAUAAAUAGCUAAUAAAAGGCUCCCACUGUCUGCAAAAGGUUUACUUGCAGGAAUAAUCAGUGGUGAUGUGAGCUCUGCUCUUUGAACUUUUUACUAAUUAAUCAUAAUCCUGCAAAGAUCUGCCCAGAUAUCAAACUUCAUGCCCAACUAAAAACUAUAGUAUAUUUACUUAAAUACGUACAAACCUCUGUAAUAUCAGGCCCCAAUCUCUCCUCAGUGAAUGUAUUACCCUUCUUUAAGCACAGAAAGCAGCAACCUAAAAUGGAAAUAUGGACCAACCACAGACCAAAACACCUAGUGGGGAGCGCAAACAGGACUGAAAGCUCUUCUCUGCCUUAUUGCAUUGAAUUCAGAAAGAUGCUGGAGGUCUGAGUGUCUCUUUAAGUUUCUCUGUGCAGGUGAAUGUGGAGCAAUUUUAGAGAAUCAUUCAGGAAAACAACAAGACAGCAAAAAAAUAUUUAUUUCAUCACACUUGUACAGAUUUUUACAUCUUUCUUUGCAAAAGAGACUAGAUUAAAAAUUGCUUCCUUUAAAAAUCUAUUCCACAGGGUGAAAAUUACAGUGGAAAACUUUGUAUGCAAAUCUAUACCCCAUACUAAAUAUAAAACAAAUACAGAACAGCAAAGCAUAAUAACCUUGUUAAAUAACCAAAUUACAGCAUUAAAAUCACAACCUACAUUUAAAUUUCUAAUACAGCAAUUUAUUUUCCUUUUGUAAUUAUAUGUAACCAUAAUAAUGUCUGACACUCCUGCAGUAACCAGAAGCAUAAAUAUUUUCAAAAGCUGCACACAUCACUACACACUAGAUCAGGAGCUGAUUUCCCAAGAUAGUGCUGUGAGGUAAACCAGUCUUAGACAGAAAGAAACGUCCUUAUAGGCUGUCAAGUCACUACUGAGCUACAGAAAAGAUUAUUUACCCCUUAAGACCUCUCACCACAAAAAACGGUAAAAUGUUUAAAAUACAUGAUCAUUACAAGUGCAGUUAAAAAAUAGCAUGUAAAGUGCUUAAUGCUCAUUAUUUAUUGCCCCUGUGUCAGUGCAGUUUGGUUCAUGACAUUACGGAAAUCACCGGUUUUGGUAGAGGGAAGGAAAGAGGAGUGUCUAUGUGUCAACCAACAGACCUAUGAAUUGAUUUGCACUGCUAGAUCUUGAUUUAGGAAAAGAAGCACCUAUGAUAUAUUUACCAUGAAGACUACCUGUUUGUUAUCUGUGGGAACAAAAAAGUAGAUCCUACAAAAAAAUCCAAUCAAUUCUGACUUUUAAAUCUUACUAGCCUGGUCUCACUGGAACAUCUUAGCAGCUCUAUGAGGGCUGGCAGCAGAAGAGCUACCUCUUCAUUUGGGGAAGGAACAUUGUUCUGCAGGAGUCUACAAGGAGCUUCAGAGACAAAACAGGGCUCACUUGCACCUGACUAAUACUGGUAAUGCUAAGUGGAUUUUAGUGAUGCUCCUCCUCUUAGGCAAUGAGAAAGAAGAGUUCUAGUAUACACAUCUUCUCCCUGCAACCAGCCAGCAGUGCUGCCUCUAGGAUUCUUCCAGCCUCUGUUAUGACAUUCCUCUAAUUACGAAAAUGAAGGAGAGCUUAUUAGAAAAGUAUGCGUUGCUUUGAAUAGACAGGCAGAAAAUGCUGUUUUAGAAAUGUACUUUGCUCAAUCCAUUCUUCCCAUUUCAUGUUUCCCAAGUAUCUUUGCUGGUUAAAAAAAAUGGCUAUAGGUCAGCUUCAUAUUUCCCAUGAUUUCUACCCUCAAGCUACCAGUUCUUUCCUACCCUCAGCUGGUGAUGCCAACAUUUAGUCUUGUCAUGCUUUUAAUGCCUUAACGGCUUUGGUCAGAUUGCUGUAAAAUCCAGCUAUGCUAGCUGGAAAGAAGGAAUCCACCACCGUCUGGGGAAGAUAGCCACCAAGAUCUGUCUGAAAGAAACUGAGGAGUUGAGUCUUGUCUGGUUCCCUGCAAAGACAAUGCAAAUGAUUUUAUAGCCAGAGGUUUGGAAACAUUUAGGACUUUACAAUUACUCUUACAUGCAUUAUCUGAUGACAGAUAUUUCUAAGUUCCUUACAUGCAUUAUCUGAUGACAGAUAUUUCUAAGUUCUUUUUUUAGGAAACAAGAAAACAACAGACAUUAUUUCUAUGAACGUGGCUAUCCCCGCAAAUCAAAUUACAGUUAAGCUAGGCCCUCAUUAGGUACACGAUUCUGUUUAUGAACAAUGACAAUGUAAUAAACAACUGGAUACUCAUUUCCCCCAAAUUAAGACCAUACUUGUAUGUUCUGCUGAAUCUCUGUUUAAGAGGUCAGCAAGAAUCCUACCACAAUGAUAGUUCCUGUAACACUGAAGACUUAUCUCUAGGAGAGACUAAUUCACCACACAGAAUAGAACAAAGAAGGCACUCAGUCAUAACGACUACAAGUCACAGGAAGAUGGGAAUGUGUUAUUGCUGAGGUGCUACAGAUCACGUGUAGCCAUAUAAACAAAACCACACUGCACAAUGGAUAAGAAGGACUUCAGAAUACAUAGUGGUCAAAUAGAUCUCUACUUACCCUGGAAGAGGUAUACAGAAACAGCCACAGGGAUAAUUAAACCCUCUCACAAAAUUUGGUUGAGGAGGACACUGUGGGUGUUCCACAUUGGUGGCUACAAGAAAAAGCAAUUAAGUAAGAGAUGUAAUUUUCACAGGAGAUGGGAAAGGGCCCUUUGUGCUCAAAGCACCAGCUGAGCAGCAAACUCGCUGUAAGAGAAUAUAUUUAAGAAUGGCUGCGUAACA